GUUAUACGGCCAUUGCGAUCGAAACACGUACAAUUUUAACGAUGAAGAGUAAAUACUGUUUUUAUAUUUUUGUGUAUCUGUUACUACUUACUUGUGGUGCAAAUGGAGGAUUAGUUAAGGGGUUUUUAGAGAAAAUCCACGACGGAGCGCACAAAAUACACGAUGAUAUUCAUAAAGUUUUUCAUCCAACAGAAGAACCCAAGCACGAACCUACGAUUAUUGUAAUCAAUAUGGGCAAUAAAAAUGAUCAUGACGGUUCAUUCGUCUUUCCAACUGCUCCUGAUUCUGCAUCCGUACCUACUGCUGCACCUACUCCUUCUCCUGUAUUUGGUCCUACUGUACCUACCCCUUCUCCCGUAAAUGCUCCCGCUAUACCCACUUCUUCUGACGUUUUUACUAAUGCUGCUCCAUCUGCUGGAUCUGUGCCUAUUGUCGCUCCAACACCUUCUACCGUGUACAAAGACACAAAACCGGAUAUUGACAUUCGUAAGAAUGUGACGCCUGAUGAAGACUCGGGUAGGCUUGUUUUUGUUUCGGUCCCAGAAACAGUACAAGGUACGACAAGUACCACUACGGAAAAGGAUGGACGAGAGAGCUUUACUGGUGGAUGUACUACAGGAUAUCAGAGAACCCCUGACGGUCGAUGCAAACCAACUUUCUAACUUAUUUAAAACAAUAUAUUAUUGUUGAUAAAUUUCACUUCAAAACUGAA